AUGGGACUGGCGUGCGGCUGUACACGAAAAGUUUCCACGAGGGACUGGCCAAGUUCGACCGCCCAGAUAUCCUCGAGGCGCCGAUACCUAAGCUUUAUCUGGAGGGCCAAGGAGCUAUCACGCGAGCUGGAAGUGCUCCCGCGAUCCGCCACCGAGGUGCUGCAGCAGCUGCCAGACCCGCCCGAGCUGCAUGCCGUGGAGGAGACGCUGAAGGACCUCGCCCGGCUCGGCGCCAUCGAUGGGGCCAGCGACGAGGCCGCGCUUACCCCGAUCGGCCGCGUGUGCCUAUCGCUGCCGCUGGACCUGCACACCUGCAGGCUCGUCUGGCUGGGCUGCCUGUGGGGCUGCGCGGCGGACGCCGUCGUCCUCGCCUGCUGCAUGGGCUCCGUGCAGGACGACCCAUUCGAGGUCCCCAGCCCCUUCGUCGAGUCGAUGGAUACCGCUCAGUUGGCCAGGCAGCUUGGCCGCUCGCUGCAGUCCCGCAGCCACUUCGACAUGGGUGCCUUCUCCGAGCCGCUGAUGCUGCGCGCGCUCUUCCUGGAGUGGUGGCGCGGCCGCCCGGGCGCGCAGCUGGCGGGCUUCAGGUCGUGGGCGAAUCACGCGCGGAGCUUCUCGCGCACCCGCGCGGUUGUGGCCCGCAGGCUGACGCAGCUCGUGUGCGCGGUCGCGGACUGCGCGGGGCGGUCGCUGCGAAUGUGCGAGCCCGGCUCGUCGGCGGGCGUGCAGUUGCGCGCGCUGCUGCGCAGCCUCGGGGCGGAGAACGGCCGCGAGCGCACGGCGCCAGGCGACUGGGUCGCCGAGUGGGAGGCUGGUUUGGAGGAAGAUGCCGCGGCAGCCGCGGGGGUGCGGUUCGCCCGCGAUGGUGCGCACAUGUUCGAGGCGGGGCCGGAGAAGUUGAGGGCGCUGCUGGCGGCGGCGUUUUCCGACAGCCUGAUCGUGGGCCGCCUGGGCAAGAAAUGCGACCAGGGGCUGCAGGUGAUACGCAGGCAGAGGAUGGACCCGCAGCGCGUCGUGGUGAUGUCCAGCGUGCCACCUGUGAUCCAGGGAAAGCCUGGCGCCGUUCAGCGCGUCUUGGCCAUUGCCUCUGACGGAGCCGAGCUGCAGUGCGAGGAGACCAAGAAGGGAGGCAGCAGCGUGAUGGCAGCGCUUCCGGCAGCGCGGGCCCAGCAUCUUGCCGAGGGAGACAGCCGCGGCACCCCCGGCGCGGCGCAGAGCGGCGAGCCCAUACUCAACCACGUGGCCUUGACGGUGCAGCAGCUGCUGCAGUUCCCAUGCGGGCGCAAGGAGUUCAGCAUCACGCUGGCAAGAGAGGAGCUCGAGCGCGACGAGGUGCCAGCUGCGGCCCAGGUGGGUGCAAGUGCCGAAGCCGAUGCUGUCGGGUGGCCCUGGCUCUCCGCGCUGGCAGCGCCCGAGCCUCUGGCAUCCUGCGGCCAGCUGCUCGCGCUCUUGGAGGCGCUGGGAGACCUGGCGCACACGGAGCCCGCGGCACCGGUAGCCGCGAGGCAGCUCUCCAAGAAAGGGCGGUCGGCACUGGGCAAGCUGGCCGAGGCAUGGCCGCAGGAGGCGUGCGAGGAAAGGGGAGUCUCCGCCGACGGCCUGUCCGAGGCCUUCUUCGCCUGGCUCACUGGGCUCUUCGCGGUGGAGGGCGCCAAGAAGAGCAGGACAGUCAAGAAGGCGCCCUCGUUCCAGCGGGCGAUUUGCAGGGCCCGCGCUGCACUGCGCGAGCGCGAGGAUCGGGAGAGGGCGACGGCGGAUGUGGCUGCCGCCGACGGCCAGGACGGCGCCGUCGAGGUGGAGUUCGGUCGCGACUGGGUGUCGCACCCGUGCAGGAUCGAGUGGAAGGCCCUCUGGCGAUCCUCAGAGGACGACGCGAGGAUCGCUGUGAAGGUGCUGCCGAGCUGGAGGAACCCCACGGGCUUCGCUUGCCACGUGUUGGAGGAAGACUCCGAUGAGUCGUCCGCAGACUUCCGGGUGCUCGGGUGCUGCGGGGGGAUUCAGCUGAUAGGGGCGGGGAACAUCGCGUUCACGGAGGGCUUCGUGACACUGCGCCUGGCGCACCUCCCCUUCUGGCUGCUCACCGCGUCGGUCGCGGACGCCGACCUGCAGUUCGGCUUCGAGUCUCAGGAGGAGGAGGCCCCCCAGAUCUGCGCCGCGCGGGCCUUCGGGGAGGAGCUGCCGUGCAAGCUCUCCGCGGAGGCCUUCGUGGACCUGGCCGCGGCGCGCGGGCGGCUGCGGCAGCUCGCGCGCGCGGGGCCCCCGGGCGGCGACGGCAGCGGCGAGGAGGCCGGCAGCGAGCCCUACCCACUGAGGGACUGCCGCGUGGUGUCGGGGGCCGUGGAGCGGCUGCUCCAGAGCGUCGCGGGCGGGUUCGGGGCGCCAGGCCGGUGGUGCGCGCCCCAGCCCGGGGGCGAGGUCAAGUGGCUGAGGGCGGGCGGGGAGGGUGCCGGCGACGGGGCCGGCCUCGACCCCCUGCGGGAGUUUGGGGAGCUGCAGGAGGCAGCCGCCUUGGCGCUCGGCGGCAGCGGAUCCGAGCUGGCUCGCCUGCGCAACGAGGUCGUGCGGGCGAUCCACCGCGUGGACGACCCGCGGGCCUUGCAGAGAUUGCUGGCUAUGGCCAUCGAGGGCGGCGAGGAGGAUAAGAAGGACAAGCAAGAGAAGGAGAAGAUGGAGAAGCAGGAACACAACGAGAAGAAGGAUAAGAAGGAGAAGAAGGAGAAGAAGGAACACAACGAGAAGAAGGAGAAGAAGGAGAAGAAGGAUAAGGAUGAUAAGGAGAAGAAGGACAGCGUGGACGACCCGCGGGCCUUGCAGAGAUUGCUGGCUAUGGCCAUCGAGGGCGGCGAGGAGGAUAAGAAGGACAAGCAAGAGAAGGAGAAGAUGGAGAAGCAGGAACACAACGGGAAGAAGGAGAAGAAGGAUAAGAAGGAGAAGAAGGAACACAACGAGAAGAAGGAGAAGAAGGAGAAGAAGGAUAAGGAUGAUAAGGAGAAGAAGGACAGCGUGGAUGCGAAGUAG